ACCGAUGGAGCCGGUCCAGAUCAGCUGGUUCUAAGUUGAACUCUUCUGUGUUUCCUCCUUCAGCCAUGGCUCCUCGACCGGACGCAGACUCAGACUCAAGCCCCUCCAUCGACUCCGGGGACCCCCGCUCCAAGGACCCGGUGGUGCUGCCGGCCUACUCCACCAUGGACCUGGUCCAGCAGGACCGGGACGAGGAGGACGAGGACGAGAAGGACCCCUGGGACCUCCCGGAGCUCAAGGACAGCGGGCCCGGGUGGUCAGAUUUGGACACCAAGGGGAAGGUGAUGCGGGUGCUGUCGGCCAUCCUGAAGUUCUGCAUCCUGCUGGGCCUGCUCUACAUGUUCGUCUGCUCUCUGGACGUCCUCAGCUCCGCCUUCCAGCUGGUGGGGGGUAAGGCCGCGGGGGACAUCUUCCAGGACAGCGCGAUCCUGUCCAACCCGGUGGCGGGGCUGGUGAUCGGGGUGCUGGUGACGGUGCUGGUCCAGAGCUCCUCCACCUCCUCCUCCAUCGUGGUCAGCAUGGUGUCCUCUGGACUGCUGGACGUGCAGUCGGCGGUCCCCGUCAUCAUGGGCGCCAACAUCGGCACCUCGGUCACCAACACCAUCGUGGCCAUGAUGCAGGCGGGCGACCGCAACGAGUUCCGCAGGGCGUUCGCGGGCGCCACGGUCCACGACUUCUUCAACUGGCUGUCGGUGCUGGUGCUGCUGCCGCUGGAGGUGGCCACCGGCGUGCUCUACAAGCUCACCAAGCUCAUGAUCGACUCCUUCAACAUCCAGGGGGGGGACAACGCCCCCGACCUGCUCAACGUCAUCACCGACCCGCUCACCAGCUCCAUCAUCGAGCUGGAUAAAUCAGUGAUCAGCCUCAUCGCCACCGGAGACACAGCCGCUCGGAACAUGAGCCUGAUCAAGAGCUGGUGCAAGACCAGCAAGAACACGACCCGAUGGAACGAGACCGUUCUGGCCUGCCCGGUCGGCGGCAUCUGCUGGCAGGAGGGGAACAUGACCUGGACCCAGAAUAACUUCACAGAAGUCACCAACCUGGAGAGAUGCAGCCAUAUCUUUGCGAACACCAGCCUCCCUGACCUGGCGGUGGGCCUGAUCCUGCUGGCCAUGUCCCUCUUCGUCCUCUGCUCCUGCCUCAUCCUCAUCGUCAAGCUGCUGAACUCCAUGCUGAAGGGGCAGGUGGCCGUGGUCAUCAAGAAGGUUCUGAACACAGACUUUCCGUUCCCCUUCGGCUGGGUGACGGGCUACAUCGCCAUGUUGGUGGGGGCCGGCAUGACCUUCAUCGUCCAGAGCAGCUCCGUGUUCACCUCCGCCAUCACGCCCCUCGUCGGUAUCGGGGUGAUCAGCCUGGAGCGGGCCUACCCCCUGACGCUGGGCUCCAACAUCGGCACCACCACCACCGCCAUCCUGGCCGCCAUGGCCGCGCCCGGGGAGACGCUGGCCAACUCACUGCAGAUCGCGCUGUGUCACUUCUUCUUCAACAUCAUGGGCAUCAUGCUGUGGUACCCCAUCCCCUUCACCCGCAUCCCCAUCCGCCUGGCGCGGGCGCUAGGCAACCACACCGCCAAGUACCGCUGGUUCGCCGCGCUCUACCUCUUCCUGUGCUUCCUGGUGUUCCCGCUCUCGGUGUUCGGCCUGUCGCUGGCCGGCUGGCAGGUGCUGGCGGGCGUGGGCGUGCCCUUCGUGGUCCUGGUCCUCUUCAUCAUCAUCGUCAACCUGAUGCAGAGCCGCUGCCCGCGCUUCCUGCCCGGCUUCCUGCGCACCUGGGACUUCCUGCCUCGCCCGCUGCACUCCAUGAAGCCCUGGGACCGCGUGGUCACCUCCGCCUUCGGCUUCUGCCGCCGCCGCUGCUGCUGCUGCUGCAAGCGCUGCAAGUGUUGCCGUGGCGACGACCAGGAGGUCGGCGGGGACGACGGGAUGAGCGGCAAGAUGAAGGCUCUGGAGGGGCGGGACAACCCGGCCCUGAGCCGCGACGAGGAGGAGGGCCCGCGGCAGAAGGGCACCGAGCUCUGAGGGCCCCACGGCAGCCAGGGGCCCCCCGUCCGUCACACCACGUGGUUAGAGAGCGGCUUUGGGGGACCGGUGGUGGACCGUGGGACCACCGGUCGCCUUCCCUCCGGGGGGGCGGGGGACCAGCCAGGCUGGGACCCCACGCCCCCCCCCACGCGGCCCACGGACCGGGGGCCCCCACCGCCGCCGGGCAGAGUAGAGGGGAAUCCACCGAGCGGUUGAACGCAUGGGCCAUGGAUGUCCUAUCACUUAUUUUUAUAUCGCGAGGCUAUUGACUGUAAACCCUUAUUGCAGAUUAUAUAAAGAAAUGGGUCCGUUCUAAGUAUUUGUUAUUUCUCAGUAUUUAAGAAGAUGUGAUUUUUUGUAAAUAAAUAAAUUAUUCCAGACGUUA